AUGUGGAUUUCUGGCUUCGGCGAUGUUCCCUUGGCCAUUCUGCUAGCUCAUGAUGGGACGGUGAUCACGAUGGAACGGCAGACUCGCUCCGAGCUAUUCGACAGCCAGAUCAACUCUCAUAGAGCUGGUAUUGGCCUCUUCGCUUGCAAGGGAUGGUUGUUGGCAGACUUCGAAGAACAAAGUCCAGAUGCCCUCCGAAUAUUCCCACCUCUACUGCAUCAUCGACACAGUGGUCUAGGAUUUCUGAUUAUCCCAUCGAUAUCACUGGUCAUUAAGUGUCCAAGUUCCCCGCCAUGGUUUACAGAUGUCGCAAUUAUGGCCAUUUAG